AUGUUGACAAGAUCCUUCGGUGCAGAUGACUGGGUUAUUUACAUCGCAUUGAUCUUGUACUGGGCGGAGACGUUUACGUCGUACAAAGUGAUCAUAUAUAUGUAUAUUGGAUACAACGUCAGCGACGUUCCUAAGGACUAUCCUGCGAUCCUCGGUAACAAAUACGGCUAUGCGACUGAGCUCAUCUACAACCCAAUUCUGGCUCUUGUCAAAACGUCUAUCCUCCUCUUCCUGUUACGUCUGACCGGCCAGAAAAAGUCAGUACGUUACUCCAUCUGGGGACUACUAGUCUUUAAUGGAGUCGCCGCUUUGGCUACAUUCCUCAUCACUGUCUUUCAUUGUGUGCCCGUCGCCUAUAACUGGAAUGCAGCCGCGUAUCCUAACGGGAAAUGUAUGAACUUUGCCGACUUCGUCACCGGCACGGCCUCCGUCUCUAUCUUCACCGACGUUCUUGCCUUGAUACUACCUACCUGGAUCGUUUAUGAGCUUCAGAUGCAAUGGAACCAGAAGCUUAUGCUGAUCGGUAUUCUCUCAUUUGGUCUCUUAACCGUUGCCGCGGGCAUUAUUCGCGUCGUUCUCCUUGAUAACUACGAUCGUCAUAUGCCAAAGAAUUACACUCAUUCGGUCUUAUUCUGCGUAUCCACCAUUGAAGUCGGCUUAUCCUUUGUCGCUGCCUGUGCUCCCUCAUUCAAACCCCUGGUUGCGCGGCUUCUGCCAAAGCUAUUGGGCGGCUCGUCCCGAAGCGGCCGAUACCACAACGGCUCCACUGGCCGCAGCGGUCGGGCUCGAAGUUACAAUCUCGAGAAUUUUACCCGACGAACGAACGACCAGAGCCUGACCGUCGUCGAGGCAGGGGAGAAUGAGCGAAGUUACAGACCUGCCGAGCCAAGUCCCAAAAAUAUGAUCACCAUGACCACGCAAAUGGAGGUUACUUGGGAACGCCCGCCCACUGGUCAGGGGCAGCAUACCAGCACCAGCAGUACAGAAAGUCUUGUUCAUGCGAAGUAG